AUGUCUUUUACAUUCAUAGCUGCUGCUAUUGCAGCAAUGGGCCUCGUGUUUCCUGUUCUCUCAACUCAGACCUUUGCCAACACUGGGACUCUCACUGGCUGGUCAACUCAAAAUAUUGAACAUGAAGGCAGCAUCGAUCAAGUGACCAAUGUAGUCUACAAUGGCACAACCGCUCUCAAAUUCACUCAGGUGUACGACUCCUCCUAUACCGGUCGCUAUCAUUCCGAGAAAAUUGAGACACAGGUAUAUAAACUCGGAGAUCAGGGGUUCUACGGCUUCGCGUUUAGAUUACAAGAAGCCUGGCAAGCGUCUCCAGCUCAGUCUUACAAUAUUGGCCAGUUUAUUGCCGAUUUUACAGACACUGGUUGUGAUGACUGGAUGCCAUCAAGUAUGGUCUGGGUAAUUGGGGACCAGCUUGCAACGAGGGUCAAAUUUGGAACUAUCUGUGCUCAGCAGAUUCAGGAAUGGAAGGGACUGGCAACAGUGACUCCCGGAGUAUGGCACACAAUUGUGAUUCAAGCUAGCUGGCAAAGCGAUGAUACUGGCUAUUAUAAGAUGUGGUAUGAUGGCGGGAAAGUGGUUGAGGAAUACAACCUACCUACUAUGAUAAAUGACGCACGUCCCUUCGAUUUCCACGUCGGCAUCUAUGCAAAUGGGUGGCAUGAUCAGGGUGAGAAUCUGGGGACCCAGGAUACUCGGGAAAUCUGGAUUGAUAGUGUUGGAAUGGGCACUACAUUUUCCGACGCCAACCCAGCAUUGAUUGAGGGCUGA